GUCAUUUUCAGUUUAGUUGCUAGGUCAUAUAUAUUGAAUGUUAAUAAGUCUUGGAAACGUAGGUUUAAUUGCGCGCAACAUCGUCAUUUAUUUAAUUUUCAGUCCGGCGUCGUCUCCAUCUCACUAGUGAAAACCAGCAGGCGGCAGGAGGAGUUCCUCCUCCGAUGCCCAUCUCCGACUGCCGACUACCCGACAAGGCAGAAUAAGGCAACGCAGGCGUGGAACCGGAGCUGCCCGUCCUACUUCCGGUGGAUCCACGAGGACCUCCGGCACUGGAAGGAGAGCGGAAUCACGAGGGAGAUGGUGGAACGCGGGCGGAGGAAGGCGGAUUUCCGGCUGGUGAUCGUCGGCGGGAGGGUGUACGUGGACAAGUACCGGCCAGCCAUUCAGACCAGAGACGUGUACACCCAGUGGGGGAUCCUCCAGCUCCUGCGGCUCUACCCGGGCAGCCUGCCCGAUCUCGAGCUCUUGUUCGACUGCGAUGACCGCCCCAGGGUCCUCGCUAAGGACUUCCCGCGCCCUAAUUCCGGACCGCCGCCGCUCUUCCGCUACUGCUCCGAUGGAGCCAGCUUGGACCUUGUGUUUCCGGACUGGUCAUUUUGGGGAUGGGCGGAAACCAACAUAAGGCCAUGGAAGAAUGUGUUGGAGGACAUCAAACAAGGAAACAAAAGAAGGAAAUGGAAGGACAGGGAGCCUUACGCUUAUUGGAGAGGAAAUCCAAAUGUGGCCCCUACUAGAGGGGACCUUCUCAAGUGUAACUUGAGUGACAACUAUGAUUGGAACGCUCGCUUGUAUACUCAGGUAUAUUAUAUUUGCAUGCAACCUUUUAGAUUAAAUAAUGUUCAGGACUGGAAGGCAGAAUUCAAAGAGGGCCCCAAGCAGUCAAGACUUGAAGAACAGUGUACCCACAAGUUCAAAAUAUAUAUACAAGGAUGGGCUUGGUCCGUGAGCGAGAAAUACAUAUUGGCAUGCAACUCCAUGGUUUUGUAUGUGAGAUCAGCAUACCAUGAUUUCUUCAGUAGAGGGAUGUCCCCAUUGCAGCACUAUUGGCCUAUUCGUGACAACACCAAGUGUUCUUCUCUUAAAUACGCCGUAGAGUGGGGCAAUAACCAUAGUGAAGAGGCACAAGGUAUCGGGGAAGCAGGGAGCAGGUACGUGUUCGAGGAGAUGAAGAUGGAGUUUGUGUACGACUACAUGUUUCAUCUGCUGACUGAAUAUGCCAAGUUGUUGAGGUUUAAGCCAACGGUGCCGCCGGGGGCCGUGGAGGUGUCCCCUGAAACAAUGGCGUGCCACCAAAAUGGGACGUACAAGAAGUUCAUGAUGGAGUCGCUGGUGAGGUCUCCUUCUGAUUCCGUUCCUUGCAACUUGCCACCUGCCUUUGAUCCCAACGAGCUUCGAGACUUUUGGGAUGGGAACGACAAGUCAAUUAAGAGAGUUGAAGCUUGGGAAGAUGAAUACUGGAGAACCCAUCCAAAACCAAAUUUAGGGUCAUAA